AUGCCAAGCAGUGAUGAAGAUCAACCGGACAGCCACGCAGAUGUGCCAUUUGUAAUCAACGCUGACGGUGUAGGCGUUGUGCAAAGCAAUACAUGCAACCCUUCAGGUGAACCUCAAGGCUUAUUCAAGCAGUUUGCUUUGUUACUGCUCAAGUGGAAGGAGGGAAAGCGACUUCCAAGUGCAACACUUCAAGAGAUUUCUUCUGAUGUUGUCUUGUACAUACAGUCAUUCGCUGAACAUUUCCUUGCACCUUCAGCUUCAGGUAAUGACCAAGAGAAGCUGAAGUUGUUUCUUGAGCGUGACCUACAAAAGCUUGUAAAUGAAAGGGAACGCGAAAAAUACUGGAAAAGUUGUUUGUCAUUCGUCCAGCCGGAGAACGUUUGUCUUGGCAGAGACAUGGGUGGAAAGGUAGAGGCCUUCACCUAUGUUCCCGUCUUAAAGGUCCUAGAACAUUCACUCAACAAGUUGUCUGUUGAUCUUAGCUCCAGGCGUUCCGCAAGGUCAGGAGAGUUCCUUGUUGAUGUUUUUGACGGCACAGCCUUUCAGGAGCAUGCCUAUUUUCAAGGAGAUGCGAAAAAGAUUUGCAUUCAACUUCACACUGAUGAGUUCGAGGUCUGUGAUCCUCUUGGGAGCAAACGUGGGAGACAUAAGAUGAUGGCAGUGUAUUAUACAGUUCUGAAUGCUCCGGUCGACACACGUUCAAAACUUUCAUCAAUUCACUUAGCAGUGCUUGCAAAAGAAAAGCUUGUGAUAAAAUAUGGUUUAAAGAAGGUGCUUGAACCCCUAGUUAAUGACAUCGCUCGCCUUGAAACGGUUGGCAUUGUUGUCAAUGGAGAAGUUUUAAAUGGGUCUGUGUUCUUUGUUACUGGAGAUAAUCUCUCUCUGCACCGUCUUGGAGGGUUCAAAUGCAGCUUUAGCCAAGGCAGGAUAUGCCGACACUGUAUGGCAUUACGCCAGGAAAUCUCAAGAAAGCACCGACCUUCUGACUUCGCAGAAAGAACCCCCACAGUGCACGACCACCACCUUAGCUUGCUCACCUGUGGAGUUAGCUCCUUGUCACUCUAUGGUGUACGCAGUGAAUGUGCCGUGGCAUUUUCUGGUUUUCACCCUACACAACACCUUCCUCCAGACAUUAUGCACGACUUGCAUGAAGGCGUCAUCCCGUUCUUGUUGAAACAAGUAAUUUCUUCCCUUGUAAAAGAUGGUGUUUUUUCAUUAGAAGUUUUAAAUGCUGCCAUUGUCAGGUACCCUUACAGCGAGAAUGACAAACGGAACAAGCCAGAAGCUGUGUCAAUGGCUAUGUUACAAAAAACAAAGACAAUCAAAGGAAACGCCUCACAGCUGUUUUGUUUAUUCCGAUACCUGUCAUUUUAUGUGGGUGAGUGUGUUCCAAGAGAGCAAAAGGUAUGGGGGCUGUACCUUUUGUUAAGAAAAAUCGUUUACGUCAUUAUGAGUAGACGAGUAACAGUAGAGCACAUUGCAUAUCUUGAACGCCUAAUUUUGUGCUUUUGCGUUGAUUUCAGGGAGACAUUUCCAAGUGUUGCUGUCCCUUGCAAAUUACAUUUCAUGAUCCACUAUCCUAAAUAUAGGCAGAUGUACGGACCGCUUGUUAGGCUUUGGGCGAUGCGAUACGAAUGGAAACACCAGUACUUUAAGGAACUGUCUCGAAAGCUAAGAAACUUUAAAAAUAUCACGUCAACUCUUGCAACCCGCCACCAAGGGCACGAGAUGUAUUUGCAAUCUUGCGAAGACAGCAGCACAACCAUGAGCACAACGGGAUGCAAGCCUGUCCUGUUUGAGCAUUUGCCUUCUGACGUGAAGCACCACAUCUCUGAAAAUAACAUAAGCCGUGAGAACAUCUUUUCUCUCAUGUUAGUUUCUCUCGACGGCACUGAGUACGCGGUCGGCAGCAUUAUUGUGACCGACAUCUCUUCUGAACAACCCACUUUUGUUCUGGUCUGUAACAUCUUUUCAGUGAGCAGGUGCAUUCUGACUUUUGUUCAAAAGCUUGAAACCGUAAAAUUUGAUCAGCAUUUUCAUGCAUAUAUAGUAAGAAGGUGUCCAGAAAGUUUACUUUUGAGAGACAUCACGAAUUAUCAGGCAGAUGCGCUUACCAUUCAUACGAUAGGGAACAAAUGUUUUGUGUCUGCACGACACGCUUUAAUUUAG